UUAAAAAUUCCGUUUAUUUCGUGAACAUUGUUUGUGUAAAUAGGUUAUUAACUGUAGAAACCGUAAUAAAAAUUAUUUUCAUAAAAACAUGGAAGCACCGCUUUCGUAUUCAAUUAAUAGAGAUACUAACGAAUUUGACAGUCUUAAUAAUAAUAAUAAUAAUGUUAAGUCUGCAUAUUCGAUAGAUGAACGUAAAGAAAUUCUUCAAAAUCAAAGAGUGCAACAAUCAGUAACUUCAGAAUAUGAAUCAAUUAUUGCUUUUUCACGAGCAUUUCUCGUUGAAAAAAAUUCUGCGAAAUGGUUUUUUUCAGAGAAUCAAAUUGAAUAUCAUCGAGAACAAUGGAAGAAUCAAGAUUGGUAUAAAAUAAAUAAUCAAACGAAGGAUGAAGAAACUUUAGAGCGACAAUUGGCUGCUCUCCUCAUUGGAUUUAUAGGAGAAGAUCUUUAUGUACCUCAAAAGAUAAUUGAUAAUUGUAUCAUGCUGAUGCACAGAUUCUACGUUUUCCAUCCAAUCAGAAUGUUUCCUCAUGACGUAACAGCCGCUGCUGUAUUUUGUUUGGGCUCAAAAUCUGAAAAUUAUCCUCAUCCAUUAAAAUAUGUUGUCACGUCAAUAAUGAAAGCAAAACAUGUUUAUGAUUUGUCUUAUGAAACUGUUGAGAAAUUUAUGGACGAAGUCUUAUUAGUUAUAAACUUCAUGGCUGCAACUCUUAACAAUGAAUUCCGUGUUGAUCAUCCACAAAGAUAUUUAGAAAAAGCCUGUAAUAAUAUUAAAUUUAAAAAAGAUAAGGAAAACUUUGAAAAUACUUUUUAUUGCACCAUUUCGAACAGCUUGGAUGUUACAACUUUUUGCAUUUUAUAUCCACCACAACUUGUUGCCGCUUUCAGUAUUUACUGGACCUUAGAUCGUGUACAUUAUCAAAUACGUGAGACAAAAGAUGGUGAACCAUGGUUUAAAGUCAUUGACAAAAAUAUCACCCUUGAUAUGCUUAAUUAUAUGAAAGAAGAGUUUGACAGAAAUUUUGAAAACGCUCCAAGCAUGUACAAUUCAGAAUUGAAUAAAUUGAAAGAAACCGUAGAAACGUUGCCAAAGAAAAGACUUUAUAAAGAUAUUGAAGAUGAACCACCAAAGGAAGAUCAUUCAACAAAACGUAAAAUUCGAGAAAAGUUCGAAAAUGAGCGAAUAUCGGGCGAUAAAUUGUUCUGCAAAGAGAUUCUUGAUAAAGAAAUUUCAUUACUUAAAACGGCAUCACCAUCUAAAGCAUCACAAAAUAAUUCAUUUAAAAAGAUUGAAAGAAAAAUGAAUCAAAAAAAUUUAAAUCAAUUGAAAUUUGCAAAACCUGUUUUGAAAUCUAAGAAAAUGUCUUUGUUAGAUUUUCAACAAUUUAGAGGAAUUAAGUCUACAGUUCCAUUGAAAGUCAAGCCACCGAAACCUCUCGAAAAGAUUGAUUCUUCCAAAGAGUUUAUCAAAGCCAUUAUUGAAGAAAUUCCAGAGUCCUAUUCUAUUGUUAAACCAAUUAAGAAACGCAUUGCUCAUUCAACCAUCAACUCAACUGAAACUUCUUCAACGUAUCAAAAGGACGUAGAACCCAACAUUGAUAUAAUCGCUCUUGAAGAAGUUGUAGUUGAUCAGGACAAUACGUUACCAAUUGACAUUAAUGAUUGUGGCAAUGUCUUGCCAGUGGAAUCAACAGCUGAGAGAACUGAACAAAGUUUUCCAUCAUCAGACUCGUCAAACUUCAAAUCAAAGAAACAAAAGAAAAACAAAUUAAAAAGACAUAAACAUAAAGAAAAGAAAAAACCAAAGAUAAUAAAUUUGAAUGAUGACGGUAAAUGUCAAAGUACAAGCGACGAAAAAUCUGAUUCUUCAGCAAUAAGAAUUAAAAUCUCGAAAACUUCUGAUGGAAAAUGGACAAUCCCUGAAAAAAAAUCUGUAGGAAAGAAAAAUUUGAGUACGAUGGAAGAACUUCGUGAAGCUUCAAUUCAUCACACAGCAAUCAAGUUUACUGAGGAAAUAAAACAAAUGAAGAAUUAUAACAAUCUUUUUAAAACUAUUCAAAAGUUGGCAUGCUCGCCCGACGUUCGUAAAGAUGAUAUGAAACAUACACUUGAGUUGGCAAUGAAACGUAAUGGCAUCGAGACAGAAAUUCGUAAUAUUGUCUUCCAUUUAAUCCGAAAUUCUGUUCGAAGUGAAGCAAAAAUUGCACUGCAAACUAGUGAUCCUUUAAAUUAUCUUCGUCGAGCUGGAAUCCAAUGGGAAAGAAGAGUAAGAAAAUCACUCAAUGCAAUGAGUACAGAAUUAAAAUCACCGGCACAGGGACAAAUUCGUAAUCAAGCAGAGAAAGAAGAACUUUUAGGGAAGUGGAAUGAGUUGAGUAAUUUUCAAGUUGAUUUAUCAAAUUAUCGACCAGUUUACGCUCCGAAGGAUCUUCUGGAAGUGCUGCUUUCACUCAAAGGCCCCGCAAAUAUUCCAAAAUCUGAAGUUGAUGAAGAUGUCAUCCCAAAAUGGGAAUUCUCACACAUUGCUCUUCCUGUAAAGAAUCUUUUCGAUCUUCGUGUCAUGUUCUCUGAAUUGUUAAGAAGUGAAAUGAAUUUAAAUGAUUGGACAGCAACAUGUGAAAAAAUCUUAACCACAAGACAUGCACCACUUUGUCAACAAAUUCUUAAGAAAGGCUUAACACCCACGCCGAUAAGAAGCAAGUUGUGGUCUUUAGUUCUCGGCAGUGAACUUGAAGAUUAUCAUAAUGAAACGUGGGAAGAACUUAGAAACGAUGUUUUAAACACCGAUCUGAUUGUUGAUAAACUCGUGUUCAAAGAUGUUCAAUUAACAGCAACGAAUGAUGAUCAAUAUUUUGUGUUUGAAGACAUCAUUUAUCAAGUCAUGUUGUGUUUCUCUCGUGACACAGAAAUCGCAGAAAUGAUAAAAACUGAUUUUAUCAGUUCAGCGAAACUGAAGCAAUAUGAUGCGCCACCAUGUGGGAUUGUUCCAUUUCAUGGUAUUUGUAUGUUUGCUGUUCCAUUCUGUUAUCUCUACGAUUCUCCCGUUGCACUUUACUUCACAUUUCGAGCAUUUUAUGUUCGAUAUUGUCAUCGAUUGACAAGUGUCAAUACAAAUAAUCAAGGAAUUGUGAGUUUAUGUUUGAUGUUUGAGAAACUCUUACAAACUCAUGAACCAGUUUUGUGGUCACAUUUUCGUGAACUUCAGAUUCAACCAAUUCGAGUUGUGUUCAAAUGGCUCAUGAGAGCUUUCAGUGGUCAUCUUCAACCACAACAACUUCUGACUUUAUGGGAUCUUAUACUUGGCUAUGAUUCUCUUGAAAUUCUUCCACUUCUUGCCAUUAUCAUUUUAAGCUUUCGUAAAGAAAGUCUUAUGCAAGUGUCAUCAAUUGAAAGCAUCGAAGCUGUUCUUGCGGAUCUAUCAUCAAUCAAAGUACUGCCUUUAAUUCAACUUGCAUUAUCUCGUGAUUAACCAUGUCAUGUUCACUAAAUUAUUGUUAUUAAAAUUUAUUGAUUUAAC